UUAAUCAUUGCCUGGCUCUCUUUCGACUCGUGUUGACUCAUAAUCGGCCAUUGGAAACACUUAACCCCGGUUAUCGCCACUGCUGCCUGACAAAUCACCUGGGUGUUGGACAUGCACUUCCAUUGACUUCCACCCUCGUCAUAUUCGGGCACAUCAAAGACCAAGACUUUAUUUCAACCGUGCUUCGCCUUCUGUUCCCCUUCCUCCCUUCUCUCACACACAGACAUACUAUACUCUCUCUCUCGCCUGUCUUUGCCCUGAUCAUCUUCCCCCACCCCCAAUCUCGCCACUGUUCCCCGUGAGCAAUUCAGUUGCAUUUCCGGAUUCUCUUCCAUUCUGGACAAUUGCAACGCAGACAAGCCCUCUCAGAAACCUCAAGAUCAGACAAAGAAACAAAUAAAUCGUUCCGUGUCCCUGUCCAACCGUUCUCCUCUCUCCCAGCAGAGUUCCAAUCUGGAAUCUGGAAUGUUCUCAACCUCUGGUGUAAAGCCGCCACUGCAAUUGCUAUCGCACAAGCAGUCGGGCCGACACUCCUCUCACGCCUCCAUCAUGAAUCGCCUCCCAGUCUCUAGCCUCAUGUCUCCCCCCGAAUCGAAGCCCUUGGAGAGCUUCCACCCCCCUUCCCCCUUUGCUAAACCCGACACCUCCCUCGGGGACCUGAUGAAGCUUCCCCCCAUCUCAGCUGAUCGCAAGCGAACACAGUCCGAGAUGGAUUUGCCCUCGCCACCAGUGACUCCGUAUACGGGCGCCAAGAAGCGACGAUCGCACACGGCCGACCAGAUUGAGCGUGAUGUCGAGGUGAAUGCAUCGCGAGAUCCCGUGCUCUUCCCUCGCCACGACUCCGUGGCGCGAGAGGAGCCUCUCUUCGGGCCUAUCCCCCCUCCUGCCGCGGAGGCCCUGGUGGAACAACACAUCAAUUCCCAUAUGGCCAGGUUUGAUAACAAGCGGAACAAACCCACUCGUGAUGAGUAUCUUCUGGCCUUGUCCUGCGUGCCUAUUGUCUCGACGCAAUAUAACCGCAACCCGGCAGCGUGGGCCCGUGAAGAACGGGAAACGCUGGAGCGCCAGCUAGUCCUGAUGAACCGCUACCGUCCAUCGGGGGAGCUGGAGGCCAAGCUGAAGAAGAUUGCCCCAGCACCCAUGAAGAAAGUAGCAGGAGGGACCCCGCGCGUUCCUCGAACUCGCGUCAAGCGUACCCCCAAAUCUACCCCGAAACAACAGACCCUGGAUUCCUUUGAUACCUCUCCCGCCUCGGCAUCCAAGCCUCGUGCCCUGGGCACGAAUCGGGAUGAUACCGAUUUCCAAGCCCUCCCAGACUAUUCCCCACCUUUGGAGACGUUGGGUGGGAACUCAAAGGCACUCAAGGCAGACUGGAAGGGGCAAAUGUUGGAUUUGAGCAAUGACCCGGACCGACAUCUGCUCAGUCCUGCCGAGCUCAAUCUGGCCUCGACGCUCCGGUUGUCCUGUGCAACCUACUUGUGCAGCAAGCGGCGAAUUUUUGAAGCUCGCGUGCGUGCUCUCGGUGUGGGCAAAGAGUUCCGCAAGACCGAUGCGCAGCAGGCCUGCAAGAUUGACGUCAACAAAGCUAGCAAACUCUGGACCGCCUACGACCGUGUGGGAUGGUUUAAGCCAGAGUACUUUCAUCAUCUGAGAUAAAAAAACAAUCUCACUCCCUACUUCUUCGAUGGAGCUGGGAUCCAUCUGCACGCUGACCCGCUGACCUUGGAUCGUGGGCCUCUCCCAUCUGGCUUGACAUCAUUUGCCUAUUUGCAGGCAUAGGAACUCUCUCUUCUCUCCAUCUCCCCCACAUGGCUCGGGGCUCUGUUGCUCACUCCGGGUCAUCUACGAAACUGACGUGUACAAGCAUGAUCAACGUUUAUCAUUAUGUGAUUCUUCGUGUCCUUGAAGCACUGGAGACACGACUACAUUUUUUGGGUAACUGAUCGUCUCUGCCCUCAUCGGCUUGAUUCUCAUGAACAUUAAUCCUCGAACGACUUUCUAUCUUGCUACCUGCCCCCCGACAGCCGCCCACUCUCAGACAUACAGAAAUUCUGGUGUCUAUAGUAUCUGGGCCUUGCUUUAUUUCCAGUCUCUCUAACGAUGGCUUUUCUUUAUUUCAUGUCCGAUACGCAUGACGACACAUUCCUUCACAGAUAUCCCCUCAGUACAGAGCCUUCUUCUUCUCCCCCUUUCUGUGUACCUUUGGGUUCAUUGCCUUCGCAUUGACGUGCCGUUCUUGAUAUGCUUGCACCAAUUAACAUGCUCGUUCCGCUUCAAUCCGGGCUAUUAUGUUUUUAUUUUUUAUUUAUUUUUUGGCGUUCAAGGUUCCUCUCUCCGUCUAGAAUGGCAGGCCUCGGUCAACUCGUGGUGUUUUGAUUUUGGGGAUUCCACCCUUGCUGUUAUGUGAAUUUUGCUUCAUUUCUGCCCAUUGCGUUCUUGUUUCCACCCGACCCCAUCGCUUCACAAAGAGCAUGAGGGAUGAUAUGAUACCCGGACCAGAUACGAUUCUUUUUGAAUGACAUAACCCAUUGCAAAUG